AUGGUUCCUGACAACAUUCCUGAAGUGAAGCGCAGGUUUGGGUCUAUGGAAGGUGAUGUAGUUGUGGAGGCUAAGUUUCCUAAAAGGCGGCGUAGAGAGCCGAAUUCUUCAGCAGCAGCAUCGAGCUGCAGCAAGGAAGGUGUCAAUCAAGCUACGUCGUCUACUGCUACUACGACGAGUACUACUACAACUGCUCCCAUUGUGAAGAGAAGCUCCAGGUUCAGGGGAGUUAGCAGGCAUAGAUGGACUGGAAGAUAUGAAGCUCAUUUGUGGGACAAGGGAUCCUGGAACCCAACCCAGAAGAAGAAAGGGAAGCAAGGUGCUUAUGAUGAAGAGGAAUCUGCUGCCAGAGCUUAUGAUCUGGCUGCUCUCAAGUACUGGGGAAUGUCAGCCUUCACAAAUUUUCCUGUAUUGGAGUACGAAAGUGAACUUGAAAUAAUGAAGAAUGUGACAAAAGAGGAGUACCUUGCUUCACUGAGAAGAAGAAGCAGUGGAUUCUCAAGAGGUGUGUCUAAAUACAGAGGAGUUGCAAGGCACCAUCACAAUGGAAGAUGGGAAGCAAGGAUAGGGAGAGUGUUUGGGAACAAGUACUUGUACCUUGGGACCUACAGUACCCAAGAGGAGGCAGCUAGAGCCUAUGACAUAGCAGCAAUCGAAUACCGUGGUAUCAAUGCUGUGACGAAUUUCGAUCUCAGCACAUACAUCAGGUGGCUGAAACCGGAAUCCGAUACCCCUUCUUCCAUUGAUGUUACACAAAACCAUGACUCCAAAUUGGAUCUUGAAAGCUUCCCACUGACAACAGCAGCUGCUGCUGCUUCUUCUUGCCCUUCCAUGGCCUACUUCCAAACUGACAAAACAGCAACAACAACAACAAUGUCACCACAAAACCACCACCUCCCACUUCUACAUUCCAGCCUUAGAAUACUAGACAAUCUGAACGAGAACCCACUGGAGCAUGAACUCUUCCAGACGAGACCAUCAGGCAUGUUCUCCCCUCCAAGUGGCAACAAGAACACUUGUCUGUCGUCUUCGUCGUCAUCUUCAUCACUAGCAUCAUCGACCACUACUUCCCCAUCGGCACUCGGCCUCCUGCUCAAGUCAUCCGUGUUCAAACAACUUGUGGAGAAGAACUUGAACACUAGUAGCAGCAUCAGUGGUGGUAGUAGUAGUAGUAAUAACAACAAUCAUCAAGAGACUGAAGACCACCAUGUGUCAACUGAGCUAAGGAACUUCCAGCUCUCCUCAGUGGCUGGGACACACAAAGAGGAAGUGAUUGAUCAGGAGGCAGCAGAGCUGUACUGCAAUGGAAUCAGCCAAGGCCAGAGCUCCUUCAUGAUGUACACAUCAGGGAAUGGCAGUGGCAAGGAGGCGACCGGUUUGUCGAAUUUGGAGUGGAAGGAGGAAGAGAGUUUGUUGCCAUUGUUCAACUCAUCAGCAGGAGGGCAGUCCUUCUGGGAUGGAUCACUAACCCUCCCAUCUCCUUUCCAUUGA